ACUUCUACCCAAUGGACGCGGGAAGAGGCGGGAAAUGAUUGCGUCUGGUGUAGCUGUUCGUAAUCUCAAACUUCAGACAGAGAGAGACAUUAUGUGGCUAGUGAACGACUGAAAUUGGGGAUUAUUUAUCGUCUGGACGACCGUCGACUUUCAUAUGAUGGAGUAAAGCGCAAUUAUGGUGGUGAAUUCCGUGCACUGGUUUCGCAAAGGACUGCGGUUGCAUGAUAAUCCGGCUUUGCAGGAAGCUCUAAAUGGCGCGGAUACUGUACACUGUGUUUAUAUUUUGGACCCUUGGUUCGCAGGUUUGGCCAAUGUGGGAGUCAACAGAUGGAGAUUUUUAUUAGAGUCUUUAGAGGAUUUAGAUACAAGUUUAAGAAAACUGAAUUCAAGACUCUUUGUGGUGCGAGGACAGCCAACGGAUGUGUUCCCCAGACUUUUCAAGGAGUGGAAUGUCACACGUCUCACAUUUGAAUAUGACUCUGAGCCUUAUGGGAAAGAAAGAGAUGCUGCCAUCAUUAAAAUGGCACAGGAGUACGGUGUGGAAACCGUGGUACGAAACACUCACACGCUCUACAAUCCAGACAGGAUCAUAGAAAUGAACAAACACAGUCCCCCCCUCACCUUCAAGAGAUUUCAAGCCAUCGUGAACCAACUUGAACUGCCCAGGAAACCUCUGCCGACCAUCACGCAAGAGCAUAUGGUCAGGUGUCGGACGCAGAUCUCAGACAAUCAUGAUGAACACUACGGAGUGCCCUCGUUAGAGGAGCUGGGUUUUAUGACUCAGGGUGACCGCUCAUAUAUAUGGAAGGGUGGUGAGACAGAAGCCCUGGAGAGACUCAACAAACACUUGGACAGGAAGGCCUGGGUAGCAAAUUUCGAGAGGCCUAAAAUAACUGCUCAAUCCCUGUUCGCCAGCCCAACUGGACUCAGUCCUUACCUACGAUUCGGCUGUCUGUCAUGUCGCGUAUUUUACUACAAUCUGCGGGAACUUUAUAUGAAGCUGCGGAGACACUCCAAUCCUCCCCUCUCACUCUUCGGCCAGCUGUUGUGGCGGGAGUUUUUCUACACAGCGGCCACCAACAACCCUAACUUUGACCGUAUGGAUGGAAACCCCAUUUGCGUGCAGAUCCCGUGGGAUCAUAACCCCGAGGCGCUGGCGAAGUGGGCUGAGGGUCGGACGGGGUUUCCUUGGAUCGAUGCCAUCAUGACACAGCUCCGACAAGAGGGAUGGAUUCACCACCUGGCCCGGCACGCCGUAGCCUGUUUUCUCACCCGGGGAGACCUGUGGAUCAGCUGGGAAAGUGGAAUGAAAGUGUUUGAGGAGCUGUUGUUGGAUGCGGACUGGAGCGUGAACGCAGGCAGCUGGAUGUGGCUGUCCUGCAGUGCAUUCUUCCAGCAAUUCUUCCAUUGUUACUGUCCAGUGGGCUUUGGCCGCAGGACGGAUCCCAGCGGAGACUACAUCAGGAGGUACAUCCCAAAGUUGAAAAACUUUCCCAACCGCUACAUCUACGAGCCAUGGAACGCUCCAGAAUCAGUACAGAAGGCCGCAAACUGCAUUGUGGGUGUGGAUUAUCCCAAACCCAUGAUCAACCAUGCAGAAAGCAGCCGACUCAACAUCGAACGAAUGAAGCAAGUUUACCAGCAGCUCUCCCACUACAGAGGCCUUAGUUUGCUCGCCUCCGUCCCUACGAUCCAGGAAGAGGCGGAGCCUCCCAUGUCAGAUGACUCUCAGGCCAGCAGCAGCACUGGCGGUCAAGCCUCCACUCCCACAGCAUCAACCCCGCCCAACUCGGAGACCUCUACCCCAAUCUCAAGCCCGACAGCAGUGGCCCUCGGCCCCCAGGCACAGAGGAAGAGGGGCCGAACCUCUGACGUCCCAAGCAAACAGAAGUCAAAACUCAAGCACACAAGCCAAUCCAAAGGAGUCGAGCAGAAGACGGAGGACAAGCAGUGACCACAGGUUGAGACUGCAUUGGCAGUCUGACAUCUGAGGGAAUGGGAGGAGUCUACCUACCCGAACAGUAACAGCACGAAAAGUGUGAAAUGGCGCCACUUUCUGCAGCAGAACACAAACGGCAGCAAAGAGAAAUAAACAGCGGAACUCAGCCGUGUUAUAGAUGCUGGGCUUCUGUUUCCCAAUCAUCCUUCAUUAAAGCUGCUUUUGUUCUAAAGUUAUAACCUGUUCAACCAAACAUGCGUGUAUUAAGAUACAGAUUUGUAUCAAAUUUUAAGGUUCAUUGAUGUUUUGUUCCCUGCAUUGUGAUCUAACUCCGAUUUAACGGAUAUUGUCAUUGCCAUUGCAAGUUUGGGGUAGCGGGCAUUUCACUGAAUAAGUAUUCAGGACAUUUAGCCAAAGUUGCACACUUUGAGUAAAAAUGAAUAAGCAAUGAGGGAACAUUGGAGAUGUGGCCUACAAUGUUCCAACCACAUGAAUUGAGAGCAAGUUUUGUAUGAACUCUGAAGUAGUCAGUCUCUAUAAUUGCUUGCAAGCUACUAGUUCGUACAAGCAGCAAUGAACUAUUUCUUCAGUUUGUGGUUUGGUUCAUUUUUCCCUAUAAAUAUAUGCUUUGUGUACGUAUCUCCAAAUGCAAACAUUUCAUUGCCUCUGGCUGCACUUAAGUUUUUUUUAUUAUUAUUAUUAUUUAACAAUAUCAAUCCUCAGUUUAUAAUUCAAUAAACCCGAUUUAUUUACCAAG